AUUCUACUAAUUCAUUUUGAUCCAAUGUUUGAUUAUUUUUUAUUUUAAGCAUAUGAUAAAAUAAUAUGUUUGUCAUUCUGUAUGUCAUUCUGUCAUUCUGUAUGUCAUCAUAGGGUGUGAUUAUAAAUAUACAGUCUGACAAAUGUUGUAUUGAAGAGCAGCUUGUUGUCCUCUAAGACCACAUGUAGUUGGCAUCUCCUCUUUAGUAUAGCAGAGUCCAACUGGAGUUGGGAAAUGUCUAGAUGCCUCAGGAUGCUCACAGAAUCUGCCUUGUCUCAGUGGAGGUCCAAAAUCUUCAUUAUAUCUAUCCUUGGUCCUAAAUUAAUUCCUAGGAUCCUAAAUCCUUCUAAUUGAAAGUGUUAUUAUGAGUUUACAGUUUUUCAUUGUUUCAUUGACCAGGACAAGAAGCCCAUGUUAAAUUCUUAUAAAAUACAGGGAUACAGGCCUUGCAUACCUUAGAGAUAGGGUGAGGAGCUCGGUCACUCGGGAGGAGCUCAGAGUAGAGCUGCUGUUCCUCCACAUAGAGAGGAGUCAACUGAGGUGGCUCUGGCAUCUGUUUCAGAUGCCUCCUGGACGCCUCCCUGGGGAGGUGUUCCGGGCAUGUCCAACCGGGAGGAGGCCCCGGGGAAGACCUAGGACAUGCUGGAGGGACUAUGUCUCUCGGCUGGCCUGGGAACGCCUCUGUAUUCCCCCGGAAGAGCUGGAGGAAGUGUCUGGGGAGAGGGAAGUCUGGGCAUCCCUGCUUAGUCUGCUGCCCCCGCGACCCGGCCCCGGAUAAGCGGUAGAAGAUUUAUGGAUGAAUGGAUGAAUGUACAGCUCUCUCUAUUGCCUUAAUAUAAAAAGCAACAGCCACUAUUUUAAAGCUUUACUUUCUUUCUUUAUAUAUAUUUUUUUACACAAAGGACAGAACUGUAGCAGUAAUUCUUGACAAGAAUUAUAAUAACUCCAGCAAUAAAACUAGUGCAACGGGCAGAAACUGUGGUACAGUAUUAAAUACUAUUAAAACAUUAUACUACUUUUAUUUCUUUUUAUUAUUUUUUUACAAAUCAAACUUGUACAUCUUAUAUCAGUAAUAACACUACAAUAAUAGCAGCCCUGAAUAUAUAGACUCUGACUCAAGACUCUUGACUCAAGCUUUUGUUUUCUUUCCUGGUGUUCUAGAAGCAGUGUUCAUAUUAUUAAAUGUCAUCUUGAAUACAUUGCACAGAUUAUCAAUGUUACAUAAUACCACCAGCAUGCACUUGAUCAUGUCCUGAUCAGAGUUUGUGGGUGCAGUGGUGUCUGUAUAAGGGCAUCAAGUUUAUUUAGAGAAUUUGGGGCGGGGAUAAGACGUGUGUCGUGGAGUUAGGACUGAUACGAUUGGUCAAUUUCAGUCAGCACCAUGACUCAGUUCUUUAUCUUAUUUAUAGAAAAAACGUCUCAAACACGUCCGCUGUUCUGCACGCUUGUAUCGGACAUCGUUUUGUAACACGUGCUAUAAGCAUGUUCAAUUUGGUACAUCAGAAUGAAUAUGACGUGGGCGUGGUCUCUGAAGUUCAACCCUGCCAUUGGCUAAUCCUAGCGCAGGAGGCGUGGUUUACAGCAAUGGCCGCAGGAACAAAACAACCCCUAAGGUUUCAAUGGCUGACAGCAAGCUGCGGUGCUGUUUGACAGGAGUUGGAGAAACAGUAUUCACCCAGUCAGUGGUCCCACAGGAUGUCGGCAGAUGACGUGAUUAAAGCCCACGAGGCUGCGCUGAAAUCAGGUACAGAGAAGGCUCGAGCUGUUGCACAGAACAUUCUGGAUAUUCCUUAUGGAGAGGGAGACGAAGAGAAGCUGGAUGUGUACAUGCCUCUUAGUUCUUCCCCAGGUAAGUCAAGAUGUUCCUCUAGUUAUCUACCUCCAUGGUGGUUAUUGGCAGUUCCUGAGCAAGGAGGAGUCCGGUUUCAUGGCUGUACCGUUGACCCAGAAGGGUGUAGUGGUGGUCGCUGUCGAUUACAGCAUUGCCCCGAAAGGUAAUAUGGAUCUGAUGGUAUCUCAGGUACGCAGGAGUUUGGUGGCUGUCAUUCAGCAGUAUUCACACAUCAGUGGGCUUUACCUGUGUGGUCAUUCUGCAGGUGCACACCUAGCGGCCAUGGUUCUCUCUACUGAUUGGUCAGAGUACAGUGUAUCUCCUCAAAUCAAAGGAGCGUUUCUUGUUAGUGGCAUUUACGACCUGCUGCCCAUUAUGUCCACAUAUGUGAACAAGCCACUGAAGAUGACUGAGGAGGUGGCUUUUAGGAACAGCCCCAUUCGGUUAGUGUCUCAGCUCAAAAAGUCCUCAUCGGACUGCGACAUUGUUGUUGCUGUGGCACAAAACGACUCCCCUGAGUUCCGGAAGCAGUCAGAAGAUUACUUCAAGUCUUUGCAAGCAGCCGAACUUAAGGUUACUUUUGAAGACAUACGUGACACAGAUCAUUUCAACAUCAUUGAGCAGCUUGUGGAUGAAAAUUACUACCUUACACAGCUUAUACUCAAGAUGAUGGGCAAAAGCUGAAGGAAUUCCACCGUCUUCAAAUCAUCCAUAUUUCUUUCCCUGAGUUCUGUCUCUUUAUGUAUUUUCAAACAAGCAGUCACCUUCUUAUAAAUUAUGUAAUUGAUUAUAACUCCAGAUCAAUUGAAUCUUAUAUCUUGUUUAUUAGGGAGUAACAGAGCCUUUUUUGUCCUACUGUUUGUGGGCUAGUUUAAUGUGCAAUCUUCAUGAAUAUUCAGGCUGUGAUUAGUGUCAAUAUGAAUUCAUGCACUUGAAAAAGACCUUUUUAGAUGCUGGUUAACUAAAUCUUUAUCUGAUAAUUAAUACAGUCUGCUGCUGUGGGUUGUAGAUUCACACAAUUAAUGUUGCACAUUCAUCAACCUGCAUGAAGAAAUGAAUCACAUUAUGGUUAGAACUACUAGACAUUCUAGCAUGAUUGUGCAAAUCAGGUUAUACCGAAGAGGAAGCAAGAGCUAACAAGAGCAAGCGCUAACAAGAGCAAGAGCUAACAUUAACAUAUUUGGUCUGAUAGUUGUCCUGAAAGUGUUACGUAAAAACAUCUACUGUAAUUAAAAAUCAAAAUGAU